AUGAAGAAGCAAAAUGUUCGCACUCUAUCUUUAAUUGUGUGCACAUUCACAUACUUACUUGUUGGUGCAGCUGUGUUUGAUGCAUUGGAGUCUACAACUGAACGCAAUAGAUUUGAAGUUUUACAAGCAAUAGAGGGCAUGAUAAUAAGAAAAUAUAACAUCACAGAGGAAGACUUCAGAGUUAUGGAGACGGUUGUGCUCAAAUCUGAGCCGCAUAAGGCUGGCCAGCAGUGGAAGUUUACUGGGGCAUUUUACUAUGCCACUACUGUACUUACUACAAUUGGUUAUGGGCACUCGACUCCAUCGACAGUCGGAGGCAAGUUGUUCACGAUGUUCUACGCCAUUGUUGGUAUUCCACUUGGUCUCAUCAUGUUCCAAAGUAUCGGUGAGCGUGUUAACAGGCUUAGUAGCGUCAUUAUAAAAGCAUUAAAGCGCGCAUUGAACUGCAAACAAACCCACGCGUCGGAGGUGGACUUGAUCUGUGUGGUGACCACUCUGUCAUCUCUAACCAUCGCGGGUGGGGCCGCUGCGUUCUCAAAGUUUGAGGGCUGGAGUUACUUUGACAGUGUUUACUAUUGUUUUAUAACGCUGACUACUAUCGGCUUCGGUGACAUGGUGGCCCUGCAGAAGGACAACGCGCUUAACCGCAAGCCCUCCUAUGUGAUGUUUGCUUUAAUAUUCAUUUUGUUCGGGCUCGCGAUAGUGGCGGCCUGUUUGAACUUGUUGGUGUUGCGCUUCGUCACUAUGAACACCGAGGACGAAAAGCGGGAUCAGCAGCAAGCAGAACAGGCCCAGCAAGUGGCAGUGCGUCUAGAGGGUGACGUGAUCACUGCAGAUGGCGCAGUGCUGCGGGGAGUGGCGCGGGGAACUCGUCUGCCCGCCGCCCCACCACGAGAUCACCCAGGUGAUACCUCCACGAUACCUUUGUACGUGGACGAAGACGACGCGCCGAGUGUUUGCAGCUGCGGGUGCAAUUGCUUCAACACGAACAAAUCUAUAACAUACAGAGAUCCGCUAUCUCCAGUUCCACCGACCAACAUUAAGCAGAUAAAAUCUAAGAACUAUCGCGAGUUAGGUGGCCUUCCGCGAUACAUUGAAAAGUCUUCCUCUAAAAACCAAUCUCAAACAUUGCGACUUAACUCAGCAUCCGGCUAUCUUUACAUGAACGCGAGAAAUGACUUCACACUAGAUCCCGAAGACUUCAGGGAAAUGGUGGCUAAGAGAAGGGAACAGCUGCGCCGUGGCGUAAUGAUGUACGAAAUGCAAUGCAACAACGAACAAUACUUAAAUCCCUACAGGAAUAGCCUCAGCACCAAAAUGGAAAACAGUCCUCACAGCUCCUCAUUGUACUCCAUGAACAUAAGGUCGGACAAUCGAAGCAACGAUCCCUUGGUGGACGAUUACGAUUCGGAGAAAUCCAGCUAUGCGAGAAAGAAGCUCAUGAAGAACAUAGCAAGGAACACGAGCAACAAACGCGUAGAGAAUUAUUUCUACGACGAUGCGGUUCUCCAUUUCGACGACGAGUACGCGUUCGACGGUUCCAUUCUGUUCGCGAAGAGAAGAAAAUCGAUCGAUCCUAAUUGGGACGAAUUCGCUUGCGUGCUACCUAAACAUCCGGCUUACGCGGACCAAGUAUCGAACGAUGGAAGCUAUGGUUACUAUUUGCCUGACGAUGAAGAACAGGAACAGUACUUCGUGAACGACACGCUCACCUUUAACCUACCACCCCAUAGAGCGAGUAUUUAG